CAUGGCACAAUGAAACUUGACCUCGUCAUCGCCAACGCCGGCAUCUCAAAUCACUUUGGCAACCCGGCCAUUACGCCUGUCCAUGAAAUGACGCACCAUUGCACGAUCAACGCUUUCGGUCCCCUGCUCCUCUUUCAGGCGACUUCGUCUCUGCUCUCGGCCUCGCCCGCGCCAAGUUUGUGGCCGUGUCGUCUGGCGCGGGGGAGCAUCGUCGGGAUGGACACGCUACAGGUUGAGAACACGGCUUAUGGGUCGUCCAAGGCGGCGUUGAAUUUCAUCACGAGGAGGAUACAUUUUGAAAAUCGGUGGUUGAUUUCUUUUUCUGUUAAUCCUGGU